UGUUGUGUGAUUUGAGUGUUGUGUUUGACGUUAGUGAGCUAACAGUAGUGAAAAAUGUUUAAUAAACUGAAAAUUGCCGUUUUUAACGCUGUAAGUGGCACUGGUGAUAUAGAUCAGGGUGCACAGCUAGGAAUUGCAGACAAAGGACCAGAUUUUGAGAAACCGCUUAAAUUCAAAUAUAAGCGCCCCUUUUUUCUAAGUUUUACUUCUGACGAAGAGGUCCAGGUUUCUGCAGAUCAUCAUUCGAGACCCAUCAUAGUACCACGAGACACCUCGCGUUUGCCUUGGCACAGUGGAUAUGCGGAAGCGGUUAAUGCGGGGAAAUCAACGUGGAAUGAAGACCAAGCAUUCCUAGAAAGACGAGAGCUGCGCAGGGCGGGAGAGUCCUCAAAAGCCUUAGGCACAUCAUCUAUUGGAAAUGAGAUGUCCCUGCCCUAUGUAUAUUUCGCGUUAUUUGAUGGCCAUGCAGGGUUUGGAGCAUCAGUAGCUGCAGCAAAUCAGCUACAUCAUCUGUUAUACGGCAGGUUAAUGGAUGUUGUCGAACAGUUAUUACCCAGACUAGAAGAUAUUGUAGAGCCUGGCAAAAGAGGAGGAAUUGCCAUGUGGGUUCCAGAUAAAGAGGCCGACAAGGAGAUGCUAAUAAAGGGAGCUUUGGAAUUGGCUUUCCACGAUAUGGACCAAAUGAUUUUGGAGGAUAAAAAGAAGUACAGAAUGAAAGGUGGAUGCACAGCUUUAGUUGCCCUGUUCAUUCUGGGCAAAUUAUUUGUAGCAAAUGCUGGAGAUUCGAGGGCUGUACUAGCGAAAAAUAGAACAGUCAUUCCAAUGUCACACGAUUUCACGCCAGAGUCGGAAAGGGCACGAGUAAGACACUUGGCUGCCCUGAAACCUGAGCUGUUGGGUAAUGAGUUCACACGUCUAGAUUAUAUUAGACGACCGACAGUGCACGAUUUGGGGAAGAAGAUUUUGUAUCGAGACGCAUUCAUGAAUGGAUGGGCAUACAAAAUCGUUACCCGCGAUGAUUUAAAAUACCCUGUUGUUGUCGGGGAAGGGAAACGGAGCCGUGUAUUGGGGACUAUCGGAGUGACCCGUGGUUUUGGUGACCACGAUCUCCGGGCUGUUGUGGCUGAUGUUCCUGUCAAACCAUUCUUGUCAUCACAGCCUGAGAUCGAAGUAUUUGAUAUUGAAGAAGAGGAUAUCACAGAGUGGGAUGUUCUUAUCAUGGGGACAGAUGGGUUGUGGGACGUGACCUCUAAUGAAAGUGCUAUUGAAAUCGUGCAGAAAAACUUAACACAUUUUAGAGAAGACCAGCGUGCAAAGUACGGGUACACAUCAGCAGCCCAAGAUUUGAUAAUGCAGUCCAGAGGGAAACAUGUUGGAGACAAUUGGAGAACACACGAAGGUCGAGCUGGGAGCAUCGACGACAUAUCCGUAUUUGUAAUACCUUUACUUCCUUAUAAAAAAGAAUAUACUGAGUGGCAUACUAUGUUCGAUGCGGCCUGGGGUAUCUGUGAGCCUGAUUCCCAGAACACUUUCGGGAAGUUAUCACUUAGAACAUCGCCCAUCCCGUCGCAGAGACGGGAUGUGACUAGAAAUGGUGGAUCAUUAACUGUUCGCCGUUCAGUUAAAUCUCCCUCUGACUCUACAGAGGAGGACGUAUGGGACUUCGAUGAGGAUGCUGAGGAGAUUGUGGUUCCAGUGAGCCCUGAUGAUGGAAGUAAGUCCACAGAAAAGUGGCAGGAGUUAACACGCUGUAUGGGCGUUAUAGAUCUUACGGAUCCUGAACUAUCUCCAACCAAAAAAGGGUAUCGAAAGGACUUGUAUGUAAAACCAUCUCCAAAGAAGUUAAGUAACAAAGAUGCCAAUAUUCCUCAUGGUCCUCAGGGAACACAAUCUUACUCAUGUAGUGCGAGAAAGGCAAGCCACACUAGCGAUGAUGUGAGCAAUCCUAGUAGCAGGGAAUCAACUCCAAAGACUGUAUCAUCUGAAAGUGCUAGUGGCCAGGGACUACCAAGCAAGACAGUGCAGAGAAGUCGUGAGAGACGUGACUCACAAACUUUUCCACCUACUUAGAAAAUGAACUUUAAAAGUACCUGAAGUAAGAUUUCCCUAUAAGAAGACUGAUAUUAUAUUAAUAAUUACAAACUGCCUGCACAUGGUAACAGCAGCAGCUGUUCUAUGAUAUUAUUUUUGUUGAAGUCAUUGUUCUGUGUUUUUUUUGUUCUGUUCAUUACUUUAUUAUUGAAUUUUUCUUAUCUUUCAUUUCUUGAUACUGAUUGUUUAUUGAAUUAAUUUUAUUGUUAAUGAAUAAAAUGAUUACUUUUGUGUUGUAA